AUGGCGGGAAUGCUACUAAGUAAUGCUGAAAGAUUUUAUAUCUGGGAUGGUGUUGAGGAAAACUUUCGGUCAGAUGGCCGUUCCAAUAAAGAUUACAGGCCCAUGGAGCUAGAGACAGAUGUUGUAAGUAGUGCAAGUGGGUCAGCUAGAUUACGAUUAGCCAACACAGAUGUACUCGUCUGUGUCAAAACAGAAAUUGAUACUCCAAAAUCUGAUAAGCCUGGCUUAGGAAGUAUUGAGUUCUUUGUGGAUUGCUCAGCUAAUGCAACACCUGAAUUUGAGGGCAGAGGUGGAGAGCAAUUAGCAAAUCGAAUAUCAAACUUAUUACAAAGAGCUUACCAUUCAUCACAAGCAUUCAAUCUUAAGCAACUGUGUAUUUUUGAAGGAAAACAGUGUUGGAAACUUUAUGUUGAUAUCUUGAUAUUAGAAUGUGGAGGGAACUUAUGUGAUGCUGUAUCGUUGGCCGUUAAAGCUGCAUUAUUCAAUACUAGAAUCCCAUUUGUGAAAGCAGCAUUAAUGGACGGUGGAAACAUAGAUUUACAAUUGUCAGAUGAUCCAUUUGACAGUAAACGGUUAGAAGUGGGAACUGCACCCUUAUUGGUAACAUUAUGUAGAAUGGAUGAAGAAAAUAUAGUUGACCCGACGGCAGAGGAAGAGACCUGCAUCGCUGUGUCUAUAGUUGUUGGAGUAUCUGGCAACCCUGCACUUUACACCUCAAGUGAGGAUACUACACCAAGUGACCAUAAAUGUACCACAAUCAGCAUGAGUGGAAAUGGAGGAAUACUUCCUGACGCUAUGAAGAUUGUUAUUGCUGAAGGAAUAACUGCUGCUAAAUGUUUAGAUGAAGCUUUAGGCAGAACCCUUCUUCAAGAACGAAAUCGGACUAAUUUGCAAAAAAAGGACUCUUAUGGUUUUCUUAAAUAA